AUGAAUCAUAUUGAAGAAGAAAGUUCAAAAGGGAUUGCUCUUACUGCCGAAGAUCUGGAGUUUGUCGGAUCUGAUGAAGAAAUGUCUCUGCUAUCCAAGAAGCUGUCUCGAAUGAUAAGUGAAAAGCGUGCUCGAAAAUACUACAAUUCUGGAAACAGAGGUCACUAUGGUGGUAAAACAACUGAAGAACAACGAAAGUAUCCAGAACACAAAAGUGUUGGUUACAAUAAAGAAAAGGGAGCUUAUGAUAAAAGCUACAAUAAGAAGUUCAACACUGCUUCUAGGCCAGAAAACUCAAGUGAUCCGAAAUGCUUUGCAUGUGGCGGAGUUGGUCAUGUGAAAGUGGAAUGUGCUACAUUCAAGAAGAAAGGUAAGCAUGCAUUUCAAGCUACCUGGAGUGAUGAAGAAGGCAGUCAAGAAUCUGAAGAUGAAAGUGAUAAUGAAAGCGUUGUUGCUUUUGUUGCCAAAGAAGGAGAAUCUAGCAAAGGAAAAGAAAGUGUUCCUGAAGAAGAAUGUAACAGCAACGACACAAUCGAGAUGGAUAUCUAUGAGCUAAUGGAAGCUUAUGAGGAAGUUGUAGCUGAACAGAAAAUUUGUGUUAAGAGAAACAAGGAUUUGAUCAACACAGUUUACCGUUUGGAAGCUCGAGUUGAAAAAGCUGAGGAAGUAAAUCAAGAAAUGUUCGAAAUCAAUAAAGGACUUCAGAAUGACGUCAAGCAGUUGAAAAUGAAGUGUGAUGAUCUGAGAGGAGAAAAUGAUAGACUCAGAAAAGGAAAAGACAAACUCGAUGAAGUUUUAUCGAUUGGAAAGCCAUUUGGAGAUCAUCGUGGGAUUGGUUAUCAAGAAUCCAUGAAGGUGAAUCCAACUACCUUUGUGAAAGGAGGUUUGCUUACUGAUGUGAAGAUUCCAGAGAAACUUGCAAAAGGGAAGAACACUGAAGGUCCCAAAGAAAACAGAAGGGAGAGACAAAAUCAAAAUCGCAGAAGGAACAGACGUGUCAACGCGUCGUUACAACAGAAGAGUAACUGCAAAUAUUGUUUUCGAUUUGGUCAUGCUGAAUCUCAUUGUUUCAAGCUAGCUAGGGAUUUGAUGUCUGGAAAGAAGGUUAAUUGGCCCUCAUAUGAGCUGAAACAAAGGGUGAAUUUCAGAAUGGAAUGGAGACCUAAGAAGAAUCAAUCUAAGAUGAUGUGCAAUGUCAUCCUAUCUAGUCAAGAAGCAACAAAUUCAUCCCGAUGGUAUUUCGACAGUGGAUGUUCACGCCAUAUGACGAAUCAGAAGCAUCUAUUGAAGAACUAUGUAGCUGACACUUGUGGAGAAGUGAUAUUUGGAGAUGGAGCCAAAGGAAAAAUUGUGGGCUAUGGUUCUCUCGAAGCCAAAGGUAUACCGAAGUUGACGAAGGUAUAUUUUGUUGAAGGCUUGAGUACUAAUCUCAUUAGUAUCAGUCAGUUAUAUGAUGAUGAGAUGUUAGUGAAGUUCACUAAGGAUGCUUGUGAGGUUUACAACAACAAGAAAGAGUGCGUGAUGACUGGAAAAAGGUCAAGGAACAACUGCUACUUACUUGACAAACCAGUAGAUGUUGCAUUGAUCUCAAAAGAUGAUGAAGCCCUUCUAUGGCAUACAAGACUUGGCCAUGUCAACCAACAGAGCUUGAUGAAGUUGAGCAAGCAAGGAAUUAUCAGAGGACUUCCAAAGUUUUCGAAGUUACCUAACUUCGUUUGUGGUGAUUGUGCUCGAGGAAAGCAGAAACGUGUCUCUCAUCCGCAGUCGGAACAUCAAAGCAGCAAAACUUGUCUUCAUUUGCUGCACAUGGAUUUGAUGGGUCCAGUGGAUACACCCAGUCUUAGAGGUAAAAAAUACAUACUUGUUUGCAUUGAUGAUUUCUCGAGAUAUACAUGGGUUGAUUUUAUGAAAGAGAAAUGA